AGGGAGUGUCCGCCAUUUUGUUCGAAGUCCCCUUCGUGUCGGACACUAGACCACUUCGCGCCGGCAGGAAACAACUUUUUGGGCAUGGAUCACGCAUUUUAUGUCGUGCAGUCGCCACCGGAAGAUCCCACGAUAAGCCCAGAUUUCACGUAUAAGAUGUCCGAAGCCGAGCUGGUGAAGUUUGUGAGGUUACGCGCCGCCAACGAUGCCCUCUUCACUGGAAAGAGGAACACGUCGGUCAUCGCUUGGAGGGCUAUCUUAAAGGAGAUGGGGAUCCACAGGAAGAUGUCGACCAGUCAGGCGAGAAAGAAGUGGGAAAAUCUCAAAAAGAAAUACAAGGAAAUGAAGAACCCUCCACCAGGCAUCACGGUGAACCCGACCAACUGGCAGUGGUUCUCCCUGAUGGAGGACGCCAUGGAGGGCAGGCUGAACGACAGCGAGUCCAUGGUGUCCACCAUGUCGCUGGGCGAGGACAGCGACUACCGCCCCGACAAACCCAGGAGACGAGGCCGUGAUUCGUUCCGCAGCGACAUCGAGCUCCUGGUCGACGGAGAAGACACCGGGCUCUCGGGCGACACGGGGCGAGACCUGGGCAGCGACCGGGACGACAUGGAGCACGAGAGGGCGAUGCUCGAUAGCGACCGGUCGGCUCUUGAAAGCGAGAGGAUGGUGCUGGAGCGAGAGAAGAUGGUCCUGGACAGGGAGAGAGCCGGGCUGGAGAGGGAGCUCGCCGCGCUGGACCGAGACAAAGCGUCUCUGGAGAGGGAGAAAGCCGCCGUGGAGCGGGACAGAGCCUCUGUGGAGCACGAGCGCGCUCAGCUGGAGAAGAAGAGGGCUGAGAUGGACAGAGAGAGAGCAAAGAUGGAGAGAGACAGAGCGGCACUGGAGAGACAGCGAGCAGGCAUCGGAGGAGACGUAAUCGACAAUCAGGAGGGACCCGAGAAAGCGGCGGCGGCGGCGGAGGAGGAAAUAGAGCUAGCGUCCAUACAGAGGAGACAGAAAUUCCUCGAUUUAUUCGAGAAGCUGAUCGAGAACUUCUGAACGGAAGAAUUCCUCUCAUGGAGGAAUUGUCUUCUUGUUUAUUCUGAGUGUCAUUUUUAUUUUUAUCGGGAAGAUGCUGUAUGAUUCACCAUGCUUGAAGUUUUUUUUUGUUUGUUUGUUUUUGUGGUAUCCUACUGAUGUGAACGGCCGAGACGCGCGCGUUCAGGGUCUGAGCUAGAGUUCUCCUCAGCUAGGCUGUCAAUGAAAAACGUUAAGCCACCUCUGUUUUGGAGAGGUCAUCCAAACAACUUUUAUUCACUUGUGGUAUUUCCAUACAAAGCACAUAUGAAUCAGGUUUAGCAUCUCUCGCCCCCACACAGUACAACAGCUCUGACGGGGUCACUUGAAGGCUCUAUACCCCCCUCCCCCUCCCCCGUGUGGACAAAACAAAACAAAUUGUUUUUUGAUUAAUUAUAUACCAAAUAUUUGCAGUUCAUGUGGAGAGAAAAAAAAAUAUCAUGAUUUACGUUUUUAUAUUACAAUACAGACUUUACAACAGGAAAUGUUUAUGUUUAUGCUUCUUUUAUUGCAUUAGAUAAUAAAUUUUACCUUUUCAAAAUUCA